AUGAAGCUGACAAUUAAGACACUACAGGGCGUGGCCUUUUCUCUAGAUGCAGAGCUCACAGAUGCGGUUUUGGCCGUCAAGCAGAAAAUUGAGGAGAUGCAGCAAUUUCCAGUGACCCAGCAAAAGCUCAUUCAUGCAGGAAAAGUACUGAAAGAUGACAGCACAUUGGCUGAGUACAAUGUCAAGGAGAACGACUUUUUGGUUGUAAUGGUUACGAAACCCAAAGCAGCCAAGCCGCCAUCAGCUGCUGCUGCUACUACUACUUCCUCAGCUUCUACAGCUCCAGCUUCUGCUACGACUGCUGCUGCUGCGGUGACUCCGAUUUCUGCUCUUGCUCCCAAUACAUCGUCGGCAUCCAGCAGCACUUCAGCUACUGCUCCGGCCGUGUCGACGCCAUCGGCCGCUCCUGCUACAACUGCUGUAAACUCCUCGACGGGAGAUGGUAGUAACGUGAUGUCUGCCGAACAGAUGGGCGCGACGGUACAACAGCUCGUGGAUAUGGGCUUCCCCGAAGACCAGGUGCGCAGUGCGCUGCGUGCGGCUUUCAACAACCCAGAACGUGCAGUGGAGUAUCUGAUGACUGGCAUCCCUGAUCAGGUUGCAGCUCCCUUGCAGACGGCUGCUACUUUGGCUGGUGCAGGCGCUGUAGCUGGCAUUGGCGGUGGUGAUGAGACCACAAACACGCUCGAAGCGCUCCGCAACCACCCGCAGUUCGAUGCGCUGCGUCAACUGGUGCAGUCCAACCCGGCGGCGUUGCCAGCAGUGCUUCAGCAGAUCGGUGCGCAGAGCCCAGAGCUUCUACGUCUGAUCCACCAGAACCAGGACCGCUUUGUGCAAAUGCUAAACGAACCUAUUGGUACUCGUGAAACAGGAUCAGCGUCGAGCAGCGCAGGUGCAGCGCCGUUCGACUUGGGCAUGGGUGGUGGUGGUGGCAUGCCAACCCCUCAACAAAUUCAGCAGUUGGUAGACUCGCUCACACCAGAGCAGCAAACCCAAAUGGCUGCACAAAUGGGAAUGAGCCCCGAACAGCUUCGUGGGCUUUCUCAGAUGCUAAGCAAUUUGCCACCUGGAGCAAUGGAGCAGAUGAUGGCUUCGAUGGGUGGUGGCGGUUUGGAAGGUCUCGGUGGAGGAGCUGGAGCUGGUACCGGCGCAGGUGCAGGUGGUCACCGCAUCAUGCUAUCUGAGGAGGAAGCGGCAGCCGUUGACCGAUUGUGUGAGAUGGGAUUUGAACGCACAGAUGUGAUUCAAGCAUACUUGGCAUGCGACAAGAACGAGGCGUUGGCGGCCAAUUUCCUUAUGGAUAGCGGAGACAGCUUUGGCGGCGGUGCUACCGGUGGUGCAGGAGGCCAUGGCGACGACAACGAUGACAUUUACGGCUAA